AUGGCCCAGACUAGACUGGCCUCCAAGGACGUAUCUGCGUUCCUGGGCUUCUUUGGGCGCCUCAGAUUCGAGGAGUUUGGCACGGCGGCGGCUCUAGAUGGUGCCAUUUGUUCGCUCUCUCUGCAUCUUAUGGGCAAAGAGCUAGCGGAUGACAGCCUCGUCGCUAGGAGCAGGACCGUGUAUGGAUGGUCCCUUGGUGCUCUCCAGAAGACAUUGAGACAUCCUACUAAGUGGAAGACGUCCGAGACCUUCUGCUCGGCUGUCUUACUUUGCUUCUUUGAGCUGUUUGCGGGUACGACCUCAGCAGAGACGUGGUUGCAGCAUGCUCAGGGAAUUGCCACACUGAUGGAGCAACGUGGUCCUGCAGCUCAUGCGCAGGGCAACGACGCAGCUAUACUGUUUUCUUUCCGAGGCAUCUUGAUUAUGAGCUCCCUAUUCUUUCCAACAAGCGACAAGUGCUUCUUGGCUCAGCCAGAAUGGAGAAAGGUGAUUUACAACGGCCAAGGGCAGUCGAUUUACACUCCUGAAGCGCCGGGGUUUUCGAUGCAAGUAGUCAAUUCGUUUUUCGUGUGCCUGGCAGACAUGCCCGAGGUUAUGUGGUGGGGAUACCCGGUCCGCCAGGCUCUCCUAGCCGGCAGACGGGUGAGUCCCAAGCGUUUGCAGCAUGUUGCCGAGUUGGCAGCCGCAAAUCAUGAGCGGUUCGCCGCGUGGUACGAGGACUUUAAGAAGCUCGGCGUCGAGCUGAAGGAGGUGCCGUCAAAGGACCCCAGCUCGCCGUACCAGGUGGUGUUGGAACAUCCCGUGGGAUGGCUUGGGUCCAUGCACAUGGGCUACUGGGCAAGCAUGCUGAUUCUGCAGGAGUUGAUGCUUCAAUGUGAGUGGCCCGUGGAUUAUCGGGAAUCCCAAAAGGAGCUGGUGCAAAACAUUCUUCGAUCCGUCGAGAGCGUGGGGAGCGGCACCAUGGGGCCCUUCCGGCUGGGUUAUUCGAUUAGAAUCGCGUAUGAGUUUGCCAGUGUUGAGGCCCAGCAAUGGAUCAUUUCGCUGCUGGACAAGUUUUCCAAGAGAUAUGCGGCCACGGACAAGAACAGCUACCCGAGUCCACGUGUGGACGCGCAAGGGUACUCAUUUUGA